AUGGCCCUCAAUAUUUCCCAUUUAUGCUUUGCUGAUGAUCUGUUGGUUUUCUCUUAUGGUAAUGGGAAUUCGGUCAGAAUUAUAAGGGAUGCCCUUGAUGAAUUCAAAAAGGUUUCAGGGUUGAAGAUUAAGAUGACAAUUUUCAAUUCGAAAAGUAAGACUUUAUCGUUUGCUGGCAGGUUGCAACUCAUUAACUCUGUUUUAACAUCCAUUCAUGUUUAUUGGGCUUCAAUCUUUAAAAUUCCCAUUGCUACUAUUAAUGAGAUUGAAAAGAUGUGCAGAAGUUUCUUAUGGGCUAAUGGUGAGAUAGUUAAAGGGAAAGCUAAAGUCAAGUGGCAUGAUAUUUGCAAGCCUAAGGAGUAUGGUGGUCUGGGAAUCAAGAAUUUAAGGAGAUGGAAUGAUGCUUUACUUGCUAAACAUAUUUGGAAUGUGAUUAAUAAUAAAAAUUCUCUGUGGGUGCAGUGGGUUAGAAUCAAUUAUAUAGGUAGCAGAAAUUUUUGGGAUAUUUUGCAGAAAAGGAGUAUGAGCUGGACAUGGAAGAGGUUUUUGGAGAUAAUGAAAAUUUUUAGGCCUCAUGUUGUUUCGUGUGUGGGAAAUGGGAGGAACACAUCUCUAUGGCAUGAUUGGUGGCACCCAAUUAGUAUUCUAUGUACUAUUAUAUCUAGAAGAGAUUGGGUUAGCAAUGGGCUUAGUGAUUCAUCUUUGGUCAGUGAUGUUCUUGAUUUUGAUACUUAUUCCUGGCCGGUUGAAUGGGUUAAUAAAUUCCCUGGAUUGAAAGAAGCACCCAUGUUUUCUAUUGAUUCUAAUAUGAGCGAUGUUGCAGGUUGGAGGGAUAAGAAGGGUAUAUGUAAAAAAAUUUCAUGUAAACAGGUGUGGAGUGAUAUAAAUAACUUUGGAAACAAAGUUCCUUGGCAUGAUAUUGUCUGGAUCGGGUUAGAGGAUGGGAAGUGGCUGGUAACUUACUGUGUCCGUUCUGUGAAAUUGUGCCUGAUUCUCAUAAUCAUUUGUUCUUUAAUUGUGAUUAUAGCAUCAGAAUUUGGAGGUAUUUCUGCAAUAAGCUGUGUUGCUCAUAUUUGGAGGGAGAGAAACUCUAGACUUUUUAGUUCUAGAAGUAAUUCGGUUGAGGGGGUUAUAGCUAGUAUUGAAAAUGAGAUUCGGUUAAAACUGUUGGGUUUAAGGAAAAGGGCUAAAAUGCGGAGGCAGUUUAAAGUGGGUGAUCUUAUCGCUGAAACUUGGUGGGGGUAUUUUUGA